AUGAAGUUCUCAUACGUCGCUAUUGGUCUCGGAGCUGCCUCCAUCGUCUCAGCUCAAAGUGCUGCUUGCACAUCAGCCGUUGCUGCUGUUCCUGCCUGUGGUGCUACUUGCAUCAAUGCAUCAGUGGAAAAGUUCUGCUCAAGCACCGACAACUACACUUGUGAAUGCGCAUCUUCAACCUUCUCUUCUAUCCAAAGUGACGCUACUACUUGCGUUAUCAACGCUUGUGGAUUGACUACCGCAGCUCAAGUCUUGAGUGCUGUCAAUGAUGUUGCCUUGUCUAAGAUGAUACCGUACUAUCUGAGAAAUGAGGGAGCUUUAGAGAAGAACUCAAGAUGGCAGCCGACUACUAUAAUAUAA